AUGACAACAACAGUACGAUCAAAUAAACUAACCGGUCCAACGACAUCGGAUGUUGAUUUCGCCGCAGCUGAAAUUCUCGCCAUCAAUGCGGGCCACUACGUUCGUUUCGCUUUAGACAAGCCAGUGUUACGACUAUAUAGACUUAGCUAUUCAAAAUUAUGGUAUUGGAUAGUAUGGUUAGCCGAUGUUUCUUUACUUUUAUUGCCAUGCAUCGAACGGCCAGCUUAUUUUUCUGACGUUCCACCAUGGGUGGCUCUGAUUGUUGAGAUAUUGACUUUGGCAAUACUUCUUGCUUCAUUUAUUUUAUCAAUGCACUUGCAAAAUAAACGAAAAUUAUUACGUGAAGCUGUCUAUCCGUAUAUAUUUGUCGGCGUUUUUCUGUUAACAACUAUUGAUAUGCUUAUUUAUUAUAUAUUAACAUUACGUGGUCAUUACUAUGUUCGAUGGUCACGGCCACUACGCGUUCUUUUUCCGUUUGCUUUGCAAGCUGGUCAGAAUGUUCGUCGUGUUAUUCGAAAUAUUCUUCGAACAUUACCCAAUAUUGCUAAUGUUAUGUUUCUAUUUCUAUUUUCCGUAUUAACAUUUACUCUACUAGGUGUUGGUAUCCUAAAAGCUAGGCAACUUCAGUAUCCAGGUUCAACUGGAUCUGCAUAUUUUACAAACUACUUAGAUACAGCUUGGGAUCUAUAUGUACUUACAACAACAGCAAAUAAUCCUGAUGUCAUGUAA